GAGGCGGGAGGCUGAGGUGGAGGCCGCGCCCGGAGGGGAGGAGCCGGGGCCGGCCCAGAGGCCGCGCUCGGCCGGGCCGCACGAGCCCCCCUCCGCCCGGGCCGGCCCUGCUCUCCCCGGCCACCCGGGCAGAGCCCCUCUAAUGACGGACCCCGCCGCACGGGCGCACGCCACCCGUGACGUCACAGCCCUGCCCAUCCCUCGGCCUGAUGUCACCCCUUCCCGCUCGCCGGGCGCUCCCCGGAGCCGCCGAGCGGACCCGGGCAAACUCCAGGACUUCGGUGAACUCCGGGGUGCCGGGGGCCGCUUUCGUCGCCGCCCCCAGGCCGAGUCCGCCCUCACACUGCGCUGUCAGAGUUGUGGCCCUUGCCCAGCGCCCAGGUUCCGACUCUGAUCCCCGUACCCUCAUCUGGAGAACCCAGCAGUGAUGUGGAAGUGGAGACUCACAGGAGCCCCGGACUUCACCUGAGCUACCUCAGUCACCAAGAGUGGCAAGAAAAGGAAGAAAACCCUGAGUUGGGGGGCACCAGGAUGCCUGACCGGGACAACUAUGCCAACGGCACGGGGAGCAGCGGUGGAGGCCCUGGAGGUGGUGGCAGUGAGGAGGCCAGUGGAGCAGGGACAGGCAGUGGGGGGGCCACCUCAGAUGCCAUCUGUAGAGACUUCCUGAGGAAUGUGUGCAAGCGUGGCAAGCGCUGUCGAUACCGCCACCCAGACAUGAGUGAGGUGUCCAACCUGGGGGUGAGCAAAAAUGAAUUUAUUUUCUGCCAUGACUUCCAAAACAAGGAGUGUAGCCGCCCAAACUGCCGCUUCAUCCAUGGCUCCAAGGAGGACGAGGAUGGAUAUAAGAAGACCGGAGAGCUCCCCCCUCGGCUGAGGCAGAAAGUGGCGGCUGGGCUGGGUCUUUCGCCUGCUGACCUACCCAACGGUAAGGAGGAGGUCCCCAUCUGCCGUGACUUCCUCAAAGGCGACUGUCAGAGAGGGACCAAGUGCAAGUUCCGUCACCUGCAGAGGGAUUUUGAGUUUGAGGCUCGCGGUGGAGGGGGUGCUGGAGGUGGAGGCUCAGCAGGCUCCGUGCCCCCGGGACGACGCCACGACCUCUAUGAUAUCUACGACCUACCUGAGAGGGGCUUUGAGGACCACGAACCAGGCCCUAAGCGCCGGAGAGGUGGCUGCUGCCCUCCUGAUGGCCCCCAUUUUGAGUCCUAUGAAUAUAGCUUGGCUCCGCCCCGUGGAGUCGAGUGCAGACUGCUAGAGGAGGAGAAUGCCAUGCUCAGGAAACGGGUGGAGGAGCUAAAGAAACAGGUCAGCAACCUACUGGCCACCAAUGAGGUACUUCUGGAACAAAAUGCCCAAUUCCGCAAUCAGGCCAAGGUCAUGACCCUGAGCUCCACUGCCCCAGCGACUGAGCAAACCCUGGCCCCCACCGUGGGUACUGUUGCCACUUUUAACCAUGGCAUUGCCCAGACUCACACUACUCUGAGCAGCCAGGCUCUGCAGCCUCGCCCUGUGUCCCAGCAAGAACUCGUGGCCCCUGCUGGAGCCCCAGCUGCGCCCCCAACCAAUGCUGCACCUCCUGCUGCUCCACCACCCCCACCUCCACACUUGAACCCAGAGAUCACGCCACUGUCAGCCGCCCUGGCUCAAACCAUCGCCCAGGGGAUGGCACCCCCACCUGUUUCCAUGGCCCCCGUGGCUGUAUCUGUGGCUCCUGUGGCUCCUGUGGCUGUGUCCAUGGCCCAGCCCUUGGCAGGAAUCACAAUGAGCCACACGACUACUCCUAUGGUGACUUACCCCAUCGCUUCCCAGAGCAUGCGCAUCACAGCCAUGCCACACUGACAGGACUAAUGGAUACUCUACUCCCUGUUACAGUGUCAGGGGCUGGGAUCAUGGGGCCCUUCCCCACUUGCCUAGCCCUCCCUGGCCCUGUCUGAGGGGCCACUCAAAAACUAGGACAAGAGACUAUAAGGAAUCUACUUCGUAGGAGCAUCUCCUGAGGCAGGGCUGUGCUGGUGUGUUCUCCCCACUCUUGAAAGGGUCCUCUUGUCCUUCAGGCCUCACUCAUACAGAGGCUUGCAUAGGAGUUGAGACUGGAAGCCAGCAGAAAGAAAGGACUGAGGGACUGUGUUCACUCAUAGGAAGUUGGAGAUGUCCCUGGUCUUGUCCUCACUUGUGAACAGCACAGGUUCCAGCACUGGUAUGGGAAAGAAAAAUUCCCCACCCAGAGGGAGAGCCAGGAAAGAUCAGGAAAGUGGGUGGUCAGGAGAGAAGGCCUCGUAUGAGCCUUCAGAUGAUUUGGGGCCCAGAAUUGCUCAUGGGCCCCUGGGAAGCCUGGGACCAUAAUACUCCAACCCAAAGACUAGGGGAACAUUCACUUACCAAGCUUGGCCUGGAAAUCUGUAGGGCAGUGCCCACUACUUUCCAAAGAAAUAAAUGAACGUUAUUUUUUAACAAAGGAAGUGAAAAUUGACUUAGAGGGCUGUUGGGGAAGAUGGGAGCAUAAAAUAGACUUGAUGACAAAAAUAAGGUAAAGACCUCCUCUUGUAGCUUGUGUCAGUUGGUGGAUGCCAGCGACGAAGGGUAGAGAUGUAAAAUGGCCAAAUGGGACUUUGGUCUGGGGAAGGCACUUUGAGGGAUAAAAGAAAUGGAGCCACCUAGUCUAGUUUAAAAAUAGCCCCAUCUGUUUCUAGUCUCUGUCUUCAUGUGCUGUUCCCAGGUUACCUUAGUAACCAGGGCUCUUAGGGUCAUUUAGGGGGGUAGGUACGAAGGAGGGUGUGUGUGCUGAGAAAUGGGGAUAUGGGUGUUGUGGAGUUGACAGACACUUCCCUUACUCAAACAUAGGACAGGUGGUGGUGCCUCUCUGAGUUGUUGAUGGCAGUUUAUGUCCUGCUCCAACACUUCUUUAUGGCCAGAGCUUUAAGCUUUCCAGGCUUCAGACAUGCUAGGAAAAGGCAGUUGUGGUAUUAGCAUACCUCUAAUUCUAGCACUUGGAAGGAGGUGACCAGAGGAUCAGGAGUUCAAGGUCAAGGUCAACCUGAGGCCUCAUCUCAAAAAAAUAUAGGAAGAGGUGUUGAUUCUUCUCUGUGUCUCUGCACAAGACCAGAAGGUUUUAAGCCAUUCAAGGGUCGUUGAGAACAAUGGCCCCAGUACCUAAAUUUCAGUGUCUCCUCCAUCUGUGGCUAAAAACUCGGGUGUCUAAGGGGCAGCAAACUGGUACAACAAGUGGUGGUUGUGCUUGCCUCCUCCUUUGCUCUCUUGUUUGGUGGAGCACUCGGGGUGGUCACACCUGCGUUUGGAGAUGGGAUGCUAGAUCAUGGCCAGUCCUUGAAAAGGAAUGUUUUAAAAUUGGGGAAUGCUGUAGCACAUGCCAGUAGUCCCAGCUACUCACAAGGCUGAAGUGAGGAAAGAAGUAAAGACAAAAUGUGGGUCCGUUGAGAUGGUGAGACGCCUCAGCAGAUGAGGCGGGUAAAGGCACCUGCUGCCAACCAUGUUGACCUGAGUUCAAGCCCCGAGUUCCACACAGAAGAGAACCAACUCCAACAUGUACUAUGGCCUGUAUGGCCUGUACAUGCUCUCUCUCUCUCUCUCUCACACACACACACACACACUUUUCCUUUUUUUAAAGAUUUAUUAUGUACAUAUACAGUGUUCUGCCUGCAUGUGUCCCUGCAGGCCAGAAGAGGGCACCAGAUCUCAUUAUAGAUGGUUGUGAGCCACCAUAUGGUUGCUGGGAAUUGAACUCGGUGGUCUUAAGCACUGAGCCAUCUCUCCAGCCCAUCCUCCUUUGUGGGGGGGCGCGGAGGAGUUGAGACAGGGUUUCUCUGUGUGGUCCUGGCUGUCCUGGGUCUCCUGUAGACCAAGCUGGCCUUGAACUCAGAGAUUCAAUUGCCUCUCCCUCCCAAGUGCUGAGAUUAAAUAAAGGUGUGAGCCCCCA